AUGCUGCCGCGGCCGCCGCCGCCGCCGCCUGUGCAGCAGCCGCCGCUGCCGCCCCGGCUGCCGAGCCGCGCCGCGCCGCUGCCGCUGCCCCGGCCGCCCCUGCCGCCGCCACCGCCUCCGCCAGCCCGCAGCCCGCCAGGCGGGCGGCCCCGCCGGCCCGAGCCCGCCGCGCCUGCCGCCGCAGCGUCGGGGCGCUGGGCGCGCGGGCAGCCGCGGACCGAGCAGACCCGAGCGACCGGUCAGGCACUUGCCCGCCCGCUGCCGCUGCCGCUGCCGCCGCCGCCGCCGCCGCCCCGAAGCUCAGGACCCGGCACCUCCGGCGCCCGCCCUUGCCGCCCAUGCGGCCCGGGCACUUUUAGCCGGGCAGGAGGGCCGGAGAGCCAGACUGCCGAGAGCAGCGCGCGAGCCGCGCCGAGAGCCGCGCAGACCCGCCGCAAGCAGCGACGGACGCCCGCCCGCCGCCACCGCCGCCGCCGCCCGGCCGUUAUGGAUCUAUUCGACUUUUUCAGGGACUGGGACCUGGAGCAGCAGUGUCACUAUGAACAAGACCGUAGUGCACUUAAGAAAAGGGAAUGGGAGCGGAGGAAUCAAGAAGUCCAGCAAGAAGACGAUCUCUUUUCUUCAGGCUUUGAUCUUUUUGGGGAGCCCUACAAGACAAACAAAGGUGAUGCACUUGCGAACCGAGUCCAGAACACGUUGGGAAACUAUGAUGAAAUGAAGGAUUUGCUAACUAACCAUUCUAAUCAGAAUCAUCUAGUGGGAAUCCCAAAGAAUUCCAUGCCCCAGACUCCCACCAACAAAAAUGAACCCAGCUUUUUUCCAGAACAAAAGCACCGAAUGGUCCCAGUGCACCAGCAAGAUAACACGCACUCCUCAGCGCCAAUGCCUCCACCUUCUGUCGUGAUACUGAAUUCAACUCUAAUACACAGCAACCGGAAGUCAAAACCUGACUGGUCACGAGAUAGUCAGAACACUAGCAUUGUAGCAGCCAGCCAAGUCACUAGUCAGCCCAACAAGAUGCAGCCGCCGACCCCAGACCAGCCCCAAGCCAGAUUGGAAGACUUCUUUGUCUACCCAGCCGAACAGCCUCAAGUUGGAGUGGUUGAAGAAUCAAACCCACUGGCAAAGGAAGACAAUACUCUCAAGUCCAGUGGAGGGGAUACUUUCAAAGAAAUCUAUCAGUCCAACUCACCAGAAGCACCGGAAUUUACAGUGCAAGCGCCUGGAUCUCCCCUAGUUGCCUCAUCUCUAUUAGCUCCCAGCAGUGGCCUUUCUGUUCAAAACUUCCCACCAGGGCUUUACUGCAAAACAAGCAUGGGGCAGCAAAAACCAACCGCCUAUGUCCGACCCAUGGAUGGUCAGGACCAGGCCCCGGACAUCUCUCCCACACUGAAACCUUCGAUUGAAUUUGACAACAGCUUUGGGAAUCUGUCAUUUGGAUCACUCUUGGAUGGCAAGCCCAGUGCACCCAGUUCAAAGACUAAACAGCCAAAGUUCACGAUUCUUCAAACAAGUGAAGUAAGCCUUCCCAGUGACCCAAGCUGUGUUGAAGAAAUCUUGCGGGAGAUGACCCAUCCCUGGCCUACUCCUCUCACUGCCAUGCAUACUCCUGGAAAUUCUGAGCAGAGCACACUUUCCAUCCCAGGACAGGAAUCCCAACAUCUGACUCCAGGAUUUGCCUUACAAAAGUGGAGUGACCCGACCAGCAGAGCUUCUACAAAGAUGCUUGAAGACGACUUGAAGCUGAGCAGUGAUGAAGAUGACCUUGAGCCCAUGAAGACCUUGACCACUCAGUGCACUGCCACUGAGCUCUAUCAGGUAGGAACAGCAUAGAGCUCAUUCUGGACC